GACUCUUCAUUCAAGUUCCGCGCUGCAUCGCUACCGGUCGUCUAUUGUCGCGUUCUGGCCGUUGUGUAAUCAUCAUCGUUUGAUAAAUUUUCACAAAUCCGUUGCGUCGCGAACCGUCGUCGUCGAUAAUCCCUCUGCAGCAAGUGAACCGAAUCUUCCCGGAAUCAACGGAACCAGUGGAUGAUGGUGUGGGUGUCCGAUUACGAUGUCAACCCAAAGGGUCGCAAGAUGAAUCCCGAAUCGAUUUCGCACCUGGAGCACAUCUGCUCGCUGGACAUUGACACGGAGACGGCAUUCGUGCGGUUGUCCGGUAUCAUCUGUACCAUCGGGCCGGCCUCGGUGGAACCGGCCAUGCUGGAGAAGAUGAUGGCCACCGGAAUGAACAUUGCCCGGUUGAACUUUUCGCACGGUUCCUACGAGUACCAUGGCAACACGAUCAAGAACAUCCGCGAAGCCGUCGACAGCUACUCGAAGAAGCUGGGCAAACCGUUCCCGUUGGCGAUCGCCCUGGAUACCAAGGGUCCGGAGAUCCGUACCGGUUUGAUGGAGGGCAGCGGCACCGGCGAGGUUGAACUGAAGAAGGGCGAUCACAUCCAGCUGACGACCGACAAGGAACACCUGGAGAAGGGCAGCAAGGACAAGGUCUACGUCGAUUACGUAAACAUUGUGAAGGUCGUCAAGAAGGGCGAUCGGGUGUUCGUCGAUGACGGUCUGAUCUCGCUGGUGGUUGAAAGUAUUAGCGGAGACACUCUGACCUGCGAGGUUGAGAACGGCGGUAUGCUGGGAUCGCGCAAGGGCGUCAACUUGCCCGGAGUCCCAGUCGAUCUGCCGGCCGUUUCCGAGAAGGACAAGGCCGAUCUGCAGUUCGGUGUUGAUCAGGGCGUUGACGUGAUCUUCGCCUCGUUCAUCCGUAAUGCUGCCGCUCUGAAGGAAAUCCGAGGUAUUCUCGGAGAUAAGGGCAAGAACAUCAAGAUCAUCUCGAAGAUCGAGAACCAGCAGGGCAUGCAGAAUCUGGAUUCUAUCAUUGCUGCUUCGGACGGUAUCAUGGUCGCCCGUGGUGAUUUGGGUAUUGAAAUCCCAGCGGAGAAGGUCUUCCUGGCUCAGAAGUCGAUGAUUGCGCGGUGCAACCGCGCCGGAAAGCCAGUCAUCUGCGCCACCCAGAUGCUCGAGUCCAUGAUCAAGAAGCCACGCCCGACCCGUGCCGAAAUCUCGGACGUUGCCAACGCCAUCAUUGAUGGAGCCGAUUGCGUUAUGUUGUCGGGUGAAACUGCCAAGGGCGAGUACCCACUGGAGUGCGUUCUGACCAUGGCCAAGACCUGCAAGGAAGCCGAAGCCGCUCUGUGGCAUCGCAAUCUGUUCAACGAUCUGGUCAACACCACCCCAACCCCACUGGACACGGCCUGUUCGAUUGCGAUCGCUGCCUCGGAAGCGGCCGCCAAGAGCCGUGCUGCUGCCGUCAUCGUUAUCACUACCUCCGGCCGGUCGGCUCAUCUCAUCUCCAAGUACCGGCCACGCUGCCCGAUCAUUGCCGUUACCCGGUUCGCGCAGACCGGCCGUCAGUGCCAUCUAUACCGAGGCAUCCUGCCCGUGGUCUAUGAGCAACCCGCCCUGGAUGACUGGCUGAAGGACGUCGAUGCUCGCGUCCAGUACGGUAUGGAGUUCGGCAAGGAACGUGGCUUCCUGAAGCCGGGCAACCCGGUGGUCAUCGUCACCGGCUGGAAGCAGGGCUCCGGUUUCACCAACACCAUUCGCAUUGUGAAUGUCGAAUAAAUUCUUUCGCUGUGUGGGUGAGCGUUCUCAACCGGAACCGUAUCGUCAACUAACAACCGAACAAACUUUUAGCUUGUUGCAGCCGCAAACCUACACGGAACAUUAAUACUAAAUAGUCAUUACACAGGCAGGAGAAGACAACCGUACAAAGGCACCCCCACCCUUCCCUGACAUCCUUUUAGACAAAGUAUACCUAUAUACAUAUAUUGAAAUUGAACACCAUCUCAUUCGAUAAGUUCUAAAGGAAACCAGGACGCUACCUUCCGGAACACCCCAGGGUUCGGAAGUAUAAGUGCCGUUUGUGCUAUUUAAGUUAACAUUCAAACAAACAAACAAACAAAACUGUGCUGUCCUUUUGCUUUAAGUUUUUGCUAACGGGCAAAAAAGAAUUGUCUAAUGAAAAUUGGUUACAAGAUAAGACCUAAUUUAUUUAAAAAUUACCUAUUCUAAAAUCCUCACUUUUGACAAAACAAGUGGCUAUUAUAUCGAAUAAUACUAAAAUUUUCAUCAUCUCAUUUGAUUGGACACGCGUUCGUAGGUAUUAAAUUAAAAGAAAACAAAAAUACAUAGUCCAUCGGACGGGUUCGGACGGAAUUCGACGAUAUUUAGGCUUGAAGAGACGAUUUAAAAAAAAAUGUGAAUGUAUCAAACAUAAAUGUUACUGGUAUCAAUAAAAGUACACACUAACUGAAAGUUGA